AUGAGUUCGACUGCUAUGUAUAGGCGAACAGAAGUAUUGGGGCGAGGAAAGUUUGGAGUUGUCUAUAAGGGAGUGAAUAAGCAGACGAAGAACGUUGUGGCGAUUAAGGUGCUAAAUUUGGAUACCCAAGAGGAUGAAGUGGCAGAGGUUCAACAAGAAAUCCAGUUUUUGGCCGAAUUAAAGCAUGUGUCUAAUGUGAUACAUUACCAUGGAUCAUUUUUAAAUGAUACAAGGCUUUGGAUUAUCAUGGACUACUGUGCUGGAGGGUCAGUUAGAACCUUAUUAAAAGCAGGAGUGUUCGAGGAAAAGUACAUUGCUAUAAUAGUGAGAGAACUUGCAAUAGCGCUCCAAGCGGUACAUAAAUUAGAGGUCAUUCAUAGAGACUUGAAAGCUGCUAAUGUAUUGAUUACAAACGAAGGAAAUGUGCAGUUGUGUGAUUUUGGGGUGGCUGCUAGAUUAACAUCGACGUCCAAUAAAAGAAACACGAUGGCUGGUACUCCCUACUGGAUGGCACCCGAGGUUAUUCGAGAGGGCGAGGAGUAUAAUGUAAAGGCUGAUAUUUGGUCUCUUGGAAUGACUAUAUAUGAAAUUACCACAGGAAACCCUCCAUAUUGCGAUAAAGAUGCGUCUUGGGCUAUGCAGAUGAUCUCGAAACUGACGCCACCUAGAUUGGAAGGUAGAGAGUAUUCACCGAUCUUGAAAGAAUGUAUUGCUUUGUGCUUGGAUGAAAAUCCCGACGAGCGUCCACUGGCAGAAGAUCUUCUGAAAUGCAGAUUAGUGAAGAUGUACAAGGGGCAUCCCACGCUUCUCUUGAAGGAAGUUAUUUCAAGAUACUUGAUAUGGAGAGAUCACAAUUCAAGAGAGUCAUUGCAUCAAAAUAAUUUAGAUGACGAUAUGCAAAGCAUCGCAGAAAGUAAUCAUAUGCAAGUGAAGUGGGAUUUUGAUUCUCUCAGUAGUAAGGAGUAUAUCAUUGAAAAUGAUAUCGAUAUUGAUCAGGUUGAUGAGAAGUAUUCGUACGACGAUGAUGCUGCUGCUGACACAUACCGCACCUUCAAAUUUGGCAACGCCAAGCAAGGAUCAGAUCAGGCUAACACAAUAUCGAUGCAUGAUGCUUCUUCUCCGAUCUCACCUCGAAUCAAACAUUCAGAGAAGCCAGACAUUCCUAAAUCACUAACUCUGUUAUUUCAGGAUUCUGAGCCACCCGAGGAACUAGGCUCAGCUGGGCGGUCUGGUGUUGAAUUGUCAGCGCCCUCUUCUAAAUUUAAUGGAAGAGUUGAAUCUCCUACCAUUGAAAUACCUGAUAUGGACAAUCUUUCAAAUUUUUCGAAACAUGGCCCAGCAAGUGCCAACGCGGUGGAUACAAUACAUACGACACAGCCAGCGAUUAGCAAACCACCUACUCUUUACCAUUCACAAUCAGCAUCAGGGAACCUAGAAUCGAGAUUCAUAUCUUCAAUACCGGCGACUUCUACAAUCAAUAGUAGAAAGACUAAGGUAUCAUCCAAUCAAGCAUCGGAGGCAAUUCUUCAGGGUCCACCUCAGUCGCCACCUUAUUCACAAACAACGCAAAAUAAUAGAACUCCAUCUCCAGCGACGCAGUCGUCGUCUAGUACCUUGGUUUCGGCUCAAACUAACUUUUCGCCUUCUAAGUCUAUGAAGGCACUACAUUCACACACCAAUCCACUAUUGCAACCGAUAAAUUUCAAAGCAACUGACUCGACUAAUAUAUCGUCUUCUAAUCCUACUUCGAAUACGGUUGGAGUCCAGAGUAAUAAGUCAAAUGGGGUUCACAACGAAGAUUCUGAGAGCUCUAAAGGUGCCUCCAAUGCCAAUUCUAUUUCAUCGCAGCCUCAAGGCUCUACAGGUACAACGGGACGAAGAGCUAGGCCAGGCUUGUAUAUUCAAAUGCCCACUCCUUCUAACGGGUAUAACAGUUUGUCGGCUUUAACGAACGAAGGAAUAGAAGGCGCCGUGAAGAAUGGUCACAAUAUCAAUCAGUUUGGUAUCAAUCCUGCCCAGGCUGCAAACUUGACGAUGACUAUGACACCUGUCGCAGAGAAGGAAGCACUUAGUUACAAUGCGUUACAACAAGAUAGCAAUGAUAAUGAUGGCGAGAAGGAAACAAGGGUAAUACCUACUCACAGGAAGACGUCUUCAGCUUCGGUACACCCAAACUUACAGGCCCCAAAACCUCUAUCGCCUCCGAAUAGUACGUCAAGCAAUUCCACCAAGGCUAAAUUUCCUACGAUUCCAAAUAUUAAUGGGACAUAUUUUUCUGAUUCCACACCCAAGCAGAAGCUUAUAAAUGAAUUGGACACUAUGAUUAAACUAUUCAAUCAAGGUUUGGAUGCUUUAGUAGAGAACCUAUAA